CCAUAUUGUAUGCUCCGCCAUUUCAAACACGGCGGCCUGUGUACAUAUCGAGCUCCGAGUUUUCCGUGGAUUCUUACCUUCAGAAGCCUACAUUGUUCUCCAGGAUUACUUAUAGUUAGUGUUCAUUAUCUAAAGUGUGCAAUGCGGGUUUAAUAUUUGUGUAUCAGGUCCUGUUGAAUUGUGGAGAUUUCGAUGGAGACCGCGGUCGAGACCAAGAAACACCAGCGAUUCACGAAACGCCGGGAGAGGAAGACUACCGCGGACGCUAGUGGAGAUGAAAUGGACGAUUCGCCGUCUCGGCCGAGCAAAGACAAACGCUCGAAGCCCAGGCGGAAGAAACACAAUACAAUAUGUGAAGAAGAUAUUAUAGAUGGAUUUGCAAUUAUAAGUUUCAAAACCUUCGAGGAUCUUGAGAAUGCUGUGAAGAACUCUAUGAACCUCAAAUCCAACGACAAGAAAGACAUGUGUAACUCGCAGAACAAAGAACGAGACAAAGAGAAAAACAAUCGUGUAAAGAAGAAACGAGAAAAAAAAUCACAGAAAAUCAGUCCACAUUCUCCAACAUUGCCAGGCAACCCCUUUGACGACCCAUUGGGCAGUCCACGUAGUGACCAGACCGAGAUCCUAGACCACAACGGUCCAGACCAGACCUCACAGGACGUGCUUAGUGAUGCAAGUUCACAUUCCAGUUCAGGCCGCGGAUAUUUAUGUGACAGCGAAAGCGGGGACGAUCGGGCUUCUGAUGCCAGCUCGGAUAUCUUCACCACUGUCAAUACUGUAAACCGCAGUCGAGAAUGUAUAGUGACCAACAACACAAGCACACACACAGCAUGCAGCAGCCCGUGUCCUGUGGGGGUCACUACGACCCCUUCCCUCAGUAGUCCUGCCACGACUGCCACCACUACCGCUGCUACUACCACCACCAGUGCAUUAACAGUCUCCGCCACCACCACCUGUGGUACCAAUACCACUUCCUGUAGCCCCGCAUCUGCGGCGGCUCCAAUCACCACACCGUCUGUGAUAUCUAGUGUGCCACGUACAGUGCCACCUGCAGCACUUCCUGCCAAACGUCCGCCUCUAACUCCAUCAUCACCAACAACCCCACAUCCCGCUCUGACAGCAGCUCGACCGCCAAGCAGGACCACGCAAGUCCACAACCGAGACAACAGGAAGAGCAGUUCCCCCUUACCCCCGCCUCGGCCCCUGGCUAGCAAGAGGGAGGAAUACCGUGAGAAAGACCCACAACUUCCUCCAAGUCUGCCAUUCUCAAAGUCCAGGACCAGUGUAACAAACUCUGGCCAUCCCCUAUAUAGUCCACAGAUCUCGCCAAGUUCGAGUCUACCCCCUUAUCCUUUACAUUCCACCCCCAACCACACGCCAACAUUUCCUCCCCACCACCCUCCACUGCCCCCUCACCCCCCCUCCGCCCACACCCCCGGGCAUCCGCCCCACAGCAUGUUUGCGCCCCCACUGCCUCCAGGACCAGCCGCGGCUUCUUUGACAUCCGGCGCGUUGAGCGGGGCUACUCCAGCUAGUCUGUCAUCUCACUCACCCAGUGAUUCUAUGUCCUAUGCCAAUCAGGAGAUUUUACGAGAAGAGCUGAAUCGUCGCUUCCUUGCCACACAGGAUCGUCCUGUACCGUCUAUAGGCGGGUCUCACCCUUUCAUUCGCUCAGACGUCCAUCAACAUCAGCAUCAACAUAUGCAUCAGCAUCAACAUACCCACCAACACAUGUAUCCUGUACCUUUCCCUGGCUCCCUGGGCCCACCACCGGCCCCUUUACUGUAUGAAAAGGUGCCCAAGUUAGACUCAACAUUUUACCGGCCCCAGAUACCUGGGCUUCCGGCCUACCCUACGGGUAUGUCUCCACUCAUGCCUCCAGCUGGUCCUGGACCACUGAACUCCGGACUCAACUCGGGGAAUACCAGGGGCAUUCCAACCAAAACGUGUAUCGUCAAGCCUGCACCCAGCCCAGAUGAUGCUAGCAUCUCUUCGAGACCGAGACAAGGCUAACCCCACCCCAGGGGGAGCUCUGCCUGCC